AUGCCCUUCUAUAAGCAGCCUUGGGUCUUCUCCAAGGUCUCUGUUUUAGCCAUGGCUAAACCUCUGUCCUUUGGCUGCUUCCUCUCCAUCUUUUUCUUCGUCUUCUUAUCCUCUUCCUUUGUCUCCCAUGCCCUAACCGAUACAGAAGCUGCCUUCAUCGUGCAGCGGCAGCUCUUGACGUUCACAAACGACGGCGACCUUCCUGUCGAUAUCGAAUACGAGGUUAACCUCAAGGCUACAUUUGCAAACACAAGGCUCAAGAGAGCUUACAUUGCUCUCCAGGCAUGGAAGAAAGCCAUCUUCUCAGACCCGUUUAACACCACAGGGAACUGGCAUGGCCCGCACGUUUGCGGCUACACCGGUGUGGUCUGUGCUCCGGCUCUUGAUGACUCAGAGGUCACGGUUGUAGCCGGUGUCGACCUCAACGGUGCGGAUAUCGCAGGGCAUUUGCCUGUUGAGCUUGGUUUGAUGACGGAUGUGGCUAUGUUCCAUUUGAAUUCAAACCGGUUCUGCGGAAUCAUACCAAAGAGCUUUGAGAAGCUGAAGCUCAUGCACGAGUUCGACGUUAGCAACAACCGUUUCGUUGGACCUUUCCCUCACGUGGCUCUCUCUUGGCCUGACGUUAAAUACUUUGACCUCAGGUUCAAUGAUUUCGAAGGUGAAGUCCCUCCAGAGCUUUUCAAGAAAGAGCUCGACGCCAUCUUCUUGAACAACAAUAGGUUUACAUCCGUGAUUCCGGAGAAUCUUGGAGAAUCUCCGGCCUCGGUUGUGACUUUCGCUAACAACAAAUUCGUUGGAUGCAUCCCCAAGAGUAUCGGAAACAUGAAGAAUCUCAACGAGAUUGUCUUCAUGGACAAUGGUUUGGGCGGUUGUUUCCCGUCUGAGAUCGGAAAGUUAUCGAACGUGACGGUUUUCGACGCGAGCAAGAACUCGUUCAUCGGUCGUUUGCCGACUAGCUUUUCCGGUUUAACGGGUGUGGAGGAAAUCGAUAUCUCAAGGAAUAAACUCACCGGUUUAGUAGCGGAUAACAUUUGCGGUUUGCCUAAUUUGGUGAAUUUCACUUAUUCGUACAAUUACUUCAAUGGACAAGGUGGUUCGUGUGUUCCUGGUCAGAAACAGAUUGCGAUGGACGAUAUUCGUAAUUGUUUGCCUAACCGACCUGACCAACGGUCCGCUGAAGAAUGUGCGGUCGUAAUUAACCGUCCGGUUGAUUGUAGCAAGGACAAGUGCGCUGGUGGUGGUGGCUCCUCUACUCCAUCCAAACCUUCUCCGGUUCCCACUAAACCAGUUCACAAACCUUCGCCAGUUCACAAGCCAUCACCGGUUCCCACUAAACCAGUUCACAAACCUUCGCCGGUUCACAAGCCAUCUCCGGUUCCCACUACACCAGUUCACAAACCUUCGCCGGUUCACAAGCCAUCACCGGUUCACAAACCACAGCCAUCACCGGUUCACAAACCUGAUGAUCCCUUUGAUCAGUCACCAGUGACCAAACGGCGUAGCCCUCCUCCGGCUCCGGUUAACUCUCCACCACCACCUGUCCACUCUCCUCCACCACCGGUUCACUCUCCACCACCACCAGUUCACUCUCCUCCACCACCGGUCCACUCUCCACCACCACCACCGGUGUAUUCGCCACCGCCGCCACCUGUCUACUCUCCACCACCGCCUGUCUUUUCACCACCACCACCACCGGUGUAUUCGCCACCGCCGCCCCCUGUCUACUCUCCUCCCCCGCCCGUCUUUUCACCACCGCCUCCAAUCUACUCACCACCACCACCACCACCGGUAUAUUCCCCACCACCUCCACCGCCAGUCCAUUCCCCGCCACCACCAGUCCAUUCUCCACCACCACCUCCUCCGGUUAACUCACCACCGCCACCUGCUCACUCGCCACCACCUCCACCGGUUAAUUCACCACCACCACCUGUCCACUCACCACCUCCGCCAGUAGUCUACUCUCCUCCGCCAAGACCACCAAAAGCUCCGGUAGAGAAGAAAGAGACGCCGGCGGCACAAGCACCAGCUCCAAGUGAAGAGUUCGACAUACCAAAGUUCAUUGGCCACCAAUACGCAUCGCCACCACCUCCAAUGUUCGCGGGAUACUAA